AUGAACCAACAACAACAAACAUCUAUACAAUCACAACCUCAUUAUAAUGCUCAAAGAUCUCCAAACAUUGUAAAUAGAUCAAGUACAAGUAGGACAACCAAUAGAAAUAAUAACAAUGUAAAUAAUAAUAGUAACAGUAAUAAUAAUAAUAAUAAUAGUACAGGCACUAGUAAUAAUGUAAAUAACAAUCAAUCUAUAACAACUACAACACCAUAUCAUAAUAGAGCAACCAGUGGUUUGUUUCCUCAAUAUGCAGAUCAACCAGAUAUAGUCAGAGCGUCGCAAAAAGAUGAUUUCUAUAAACGUUUAUUUGAAGAACAAGUCUUUGAGAUAUUAACUAGAGUUGCAGGUAUUAUUACUAUUACUACAUUACAGAUUAAUAUAAACCAGAAUUCUUAUCUAAUUCAAUUGAAUAAUAAAGGUCCAAGAGUAAUGAUGAAUAAACAGAAUGAAUCUAAAUUACUAUCAAGUUUAACCUACUAUAUAUUGACUACUUUGAUUGGUUCACAAACACUUGGUGAGGAAUACUGUAAUCUAAGACAGAUUAAAGAUAAUACAUUUUCAUUACCGACAAUCGCUGUAUCACCUUAUAUCAUAAAGAAAUAUAUACCUAAAUUCUUUUUGCGAUUCCCAAAUCUCUAUUAUCUAAAGGAACUGUUCCCAAAGCUAGAGAGAUUACAUUUAGCAUUGUUUUAUUUCAAUGGUGCAUAUUAUGAGUUCUCAAAGCGAUUGUCAAACAUCAGAUAUAUAUUCAACAGAAAAGUCGAUCAAAGAAGACCGAAAUAUCAUAUACUUGGACUUCUUAUUAUCAUUCAACUUUUAGUUUCCUCUUUCAUCUACCUAAGAGAUAACUCUUUCUUUUUGUCGGGUGCAUCUCAUCAAUCGGAUAUAAACAUUGAAACAGUCAACUCAACAAAUAGUAAUAGUGAUGAAGAUGAAGCAGCCAACGGUGGUAAAUGUACAUUAUGUCUGGAAGUUAGAAAGAAUUCGACAUCAACUAUUUGUGGACAUCUAUUCUGUUGGUAUUGUUUAUCAGAAUGGUGUAACUCCAAAGCAGAGUGUCCGUUGUGCAGAAGACCAAUCUCUUUACAAUCACUAAUGCCAAUAUAUAAUUAUUAA